AAAUGGCUAAAGUUGAUCCCAAUGUGGAAGCUUUAUGCGCAGCCAUUAAUAAACAAAGCAAGGCGAUCGAGAAGCAAAGCCAGCUUCUCCAGAGCGUUCUAGACAAACAGAGCAAAACUGCAAUUCCAGCUCCUGCUCCGGGUAAAAUUGAUAAAUUUGAAGCUGAGGCCGAAUCAUUCGAUGACUAUGUGGAUCGUCUUCAAAUGCAUUUUCGUAUGCAUAGUAUUACUGAUUCGACCAAACAGGCUGUUACUUUACUUACCAAUUUACCACCCAAAUUGUUUCAACUUGUUAAAUCGUUGUUAUCGCCUGUUAAACCGGAAAGUAAAUCAUUCGACGAUCUAGUUAAAACGCUUCAUGAUCACCUGUGUCCAAAGCCGUUAAUAAUCGUCAGCCGGAAAACUUUCCUCAGCUAUAAGCAGAAAGAAGGCGAAUCUAUCAGCGAUUACAUUGCGGAGCUACGUAAACUAGCUGUCAACUGCCAAUAUCCUGAAUCGAUGUUAAAUACCAUGUUACGUGACGUUUUCGUUACUGGUCUUCGUUCGAGAUCAAUUUUAGAUCGGAUAUUGGAGGAAGAUGAUAUUCCUUUAGAAAAAACGCUCGAUAUCGCUAGAGCAAUGGAGGUGGCAAACGGAGGUACUUCGCAAAUAUUACACAAUGAAAAAGUUGAUAAACUUAACAAGCUGUCAUAUGCCAAUAAGAAGAAUCGAAGGGCUAAAGCUAAAGAUCAACGUAACGAUCCUCCUAAAAGCAACACCUCUGCUUCUUCAGUCAAACAGCUGGGUAAAACUUUCGAAUCUGGCCGAAGGUGUUUUAAAUGUGCACGUACUAACCAUUUAUCUCCUCAGUGCAAAGCUAGAAAUUUAAACUGUACGUAUUGCAGUAAACAAGGCCAUGUUGAGGAAGUGUGCCGAAAAAAAGCAUCGGAUAAAUCACAGAGCUCCGGCAUUCACCAGUUUAAAGCUACAGACGAAGAUGAAAUUUAUCCUAUCAAAGUUCUCUCGUUUGAUAGUGCUGAAUGUCCGCCUAUGAUAGUAACAGUUCAUCUAAAUGGCAAACCAGUGAAGAUGGAACUUGAUUCAGGUGCUAGAGCUAGUGUUAUCAGUAAAAAUAAUUUCAACCAGAUACCUGAUAACCCAACUAUUCGUUCAACAACAGUUCGUUUUCGCGAUUACGAUGGUAAUCUUAUCAUUCCGUUGGGUGUUUCCGAUGUACGAGUUAAAUUUAAUCAAAAGGAGAAAAAUUUGCAGCUGUAUGUGCUCGAAAACGAUCGCGAUAGUUUAUUUGGCCGUGAGUGGCUACAUGCUUUCAAUAUGGGAAUUUCCGAGCUGAAUCAGUUAUCAAUGUCACGUCCGGAAGUUAUCAAAUUGGAUGAUAUUUUACGUAAAUAUGAUUCAGUUUUCCAUUCCGAAGUUGGCAAAGUGAAAAAUUACCAAUGUUCGAUCACUUUGAAACCAGAUGCUCGGCCAGUUUUUCAAAAAGCUCGAACUCCUCCAUACUCGCUUAAGGAGGCAAUUGAAACCGAAAUUCAUCGUUUGGUGAAAAUUGGAGUGUUGAAAAAAGUUGAGCAUUCAGAAUGGGCAUCGCCGGUUGUUCCUGUUGUCAAAUCCGAUCAAACAGUGCGUUUAUGUGGCGACUACAGUGGUACAGUUAACCCACAGAUCCUGGUGCCGCAUUAUCCGUUCAAAGGUUACGAUGACGUUUUUUCAAAGCUGAAUGGUGGCGAAAAAUUUACUACAGCUGAUGUUAUCACUGCGUUUCUUCAGUUAUCAGCAGAUGAACAAACGCAAAUAAUACUUACCUUGAGCACUCAUCUGGGCUUAUUUCAACCUACAAGCAUCAUGUAUGGCGUUGGCUGUGCUCCAGCUUUUUUCCAAGAAUUUAUGGAUAAAAAGUUUGGUCAUUUAAAGAAUACCUGUAACGUUAUCGACGAUCUCAUCAUGACUGGUAAAGACGAUGAAGAACAUCUCCAAACCAUCGUUGAGGUUUUAGAAAUUUGCCUACAGAGUAAUAUCCGUUUGAACCUGAAAAAGUGCAAAUUUCUUCAAAGCCAAGUCAAAUUUCUUGGUUAUUUAGUCGAUAAAAAUGGUGUUCACAAGACUGCAGAGAAAAUUUCAGCCAUUAUGGAUGCGCCAAGACCUCAAAACGGCGAUGAAAUUAAAUCGUUUCUUGGUAUGGUUGGAUUUUAUGGGAAAUUUUUUCCAAAUUUAGCCACUAUUGCAGCUCCGUUGAAUUAUUUAACCGGUAAAAAUCGUCAUUUCGAAUGGACAUCUGAGUGUCAAGAAAGUUUUGAGAAAAUUAAGCAAGAGAUCGCAUCGGAUCGCGUAUUAUUCAGAUACGAUCCCAAUUUACCUCUUUUGCUGUCUGUAGAUGCGAGUCCAGUUGGGCUAGGUGCCGUUUUAGCGCACGAAGUCACUGGUCAAGAACGUCCGAUUAUUUUUGCAUCUCGUACUCUCAACAGAUCCGAACGUAAUUACUCACAGAUCGAUCGAGAGGCAUUAGCGAUUAAAUGGGGAAUUGAAAAAUUUGCUCAUUAUUUGUACGGUGCGAAAUUUACCCUGAUAACCGACAGUGAACCGUUGGUUCAUAUUUUCGAUCGAAAACCAAGUCUACCAAAGCUUACUGUUACUCGUUUGCAACAUUACGCAUUAUAUCUCACCAUGUUCAACUUUAAGGUGAAAUAUCGUCGAUCCGAAGAUAACGGUAAUGCUGAUUUCUUGUCACGCUGUCCAAUUGGUCUCAUCGAAGCUAAUACAACAGCUGACACUUCGAAUCAAUCCGAUUUAGCUGAAAUAUUUCAAUUGAACCAACUCGAUUGUUUCAAACUUACCUCAAAAGAAAUUGGUUUAGCAACUCUCAAUGAUCCGGAGCUGAAAGUAAUCUACGAGAAGCUUCGUUAUGGCGAAUCGUUGGGUGCAAAUGAUGGAAAAUUAUCGUUACAAGGUCGCAGUAUUUUUCACGGAAUUCGAGUUUACAUUCCGCAAGUACAUCGUAAUGCAGUUUUAGAAGAAUUACAUGCCGGUCAUUUGGGCAUUGUCCGAAUGAAAGCUUUAGCGCGUUCGCAUGUUUACUGGCCUGGAAUUGACCAUGAUAUUGAAGCGUUGGUCAAACGUUGCGCAUCGUGUACUGCAGUUUCCAAAGAUCCGAAGCAAGUUACGCAUUUUUGGGAAUAUCCAUCUCAACCUUGGGCUAGAAUUCAUAUCGAUUUUUUGGGUCCUUUUUACGGUCAUAAUUUUUUUAUUCUUGUUGAUGCGUAUUCGAAAUGGCCGGAAGUAUUCAAAGUACCGAAUAUUACAGCAUCAACAACGAUUCGAAUACUUCGUUCCUUAUUUGUUCGAUAUGGUCUACCUAUAACGAUUGUAUCUGAUAACGGACCAACAUUUACUAGUAUCGAGUUCAAGAAAUUUCUACAAGAAAAUGGUAUUCAUCAUGUUACAACUACUCCUUAUCAUGCUAAAUCGAAUGGCCAGGCGGAGAGGUUCGUAUUCACUUUUAAACAGGCAUUCCGUGCUCAAUGUGAUGGAAAAUUAUCAAUCGAGGAAAAGAUUGAUAAUUUCUUGCUGACCUAUCGAAGAGCUCCGAACAGCACGACUGGUGAAACUCCGGCAAAGUUGUUUAUGGGUCACGAAAUACGCACGCGCCUCGAUUUCCUCCGACCUACCAAAGGAGAAAAGGUCACCGGUACUCAAGUACCUAAUUUCAAAGUUGGUGACGAAGUUGCUUUUCGCGAAUAUCAGAAUCGCAAGUCAAAAUGGAGUGAUGGAGUUAUUGUCAAGCAGCAGGGUGCUGUUCAUUACGAGAUCGCGCGUACAGACGCUGAUCAAGCUGUUAAUCGUGAUAUUGUACGUAGACACGCAGAUCAAAUUAUUCCUCGAAGUACUCCUGCUGAAAACACUCCUGCUCAAGACGAAAAUCCGAGUCAGGUUGCGGCUCCGAAACCUGAAGCUGAUUCUGCAGCUGAUUCUGAGCUGAGGCGUUCCAGCCGAUCGAAGAAACCUGUAAAUCGUCUCGAUCUAUAAAAAACCCAAAGGGGGAAGAGUGUGGUGUCUGUAUAGACGGCAGCACCGAAUUCGUAGAUCGUUGAAUCGUAUGUGUAUGUGUGCUUGGCACAAUUGUAGAUAUUUGGAGGUAUGAGUUUUUAGUGUGUGUGAUUAUUGCUUUGUCAUGUUAUUAUUAUUCGUUAUGUUUUAAAAUAAAAUUACG